AUGGCAGAAAUAGGUAAGCUUGUCCUUCUUAUUGUUGUUGCCGCUUUCUUCAUUGUGAGUGGUGUCCAUGGGACACCAGAAACAACAUGCAAGGCAGCGGCUUGCAUUGACGAGCGUGUCAACUAUGAUUUUUGUGUAUCGGAACUCCAUGGCGACCUUGAAAGUGCCGGCGCAGAUGCGUGGGGCCUUGCCAAGGUCACAGCGUUGCUCGGUGGCAGCAACGCUGGUUAUGCAAAAGCUGAGAUUGAGAACAUGCUAGCCAAGCCUGGCACAGAUGAUAAGUUGAAGGUGCUGCUAGGGCAAUGCCAUAAGUUGUACGAUCAGAUGGGGCUUGCAUUCGCUGAUGCGGCUGAUGAACUUAACAAGCGCUACUAUAACCUAGGAAAGAAGAAGGCGGCGCAAGCCAUCCAGCUUGCGCAACAGUGUGACAACGCCUUUGUCAAGGCUGGAGUUCGUUCGCCGCUCAUGAAGCGAAGCAAGGACUCCGUGCGGCUUGCAAUCAUCUGCACGGCCAUCACCAACCUCAUCAUGUGA